AUGUGGAAGAUAUUUGUAAAUGGUAAUUUUCGAGUAGAAUUUGGUUUUAAAGAUGUCUUACAUUUUAUGAAACCGAUUAAUUUUAAAAACGUUCGCAAAUUUGCACUCGAACGCUUCAAACGCAGACGCGAUCCACACGGCAACGCAACCAGACCACAUACAUUGCAAUCUGAAAGGGAAAGAGUUGUAGCUGGUAGCAUUUAUGGUGGCAUCGGCGACGGAGCAGGUACUUCGUCAGUAACGUCAUUGAGCUCUGGCAGCUAUAACGUUAAGCGUUCAGUGUCUGUGGAAACACUCGAAUUACCAACGGUAGUAAAAGUUUCAAAGUCAACUGGCACAAAGCCAAAACGUCCAAAGCGUUUGCGUACGCCACCACUAUCAUCGAUCACACCACGCACGAGCUUACGUCACAAUCAGUAUAAACAACGACUGCAACAUCAUCAAUACACCGAUGCGGUUGUGGAUGCGAGCGUAUUAAACGGUAUGAUGGCACAACAGAAUGGUGAUAAUGAAACUAAACCUCUCACACAGGCCUACCUCACGGAGAAGCCAAAAGUACAACCAAAAUAUGAUGUUCAUCGCGAUGUAUUAUCCCACGAGGUGGUCAUCAAACAGACCGGCUAUGGCGCACGCGACAAAAGUAUCCCAUCGGGUAUGCGCCGUUCAUGGGAGAAUUGGUCCUUUCUCUCGCUGUUCGCUGGCAUAGUGCCUAUCGUGCAAUGGCUGCCGCGUUACUCAUUGCGUCGUGACAUGAUGGGCGAUCUUGUAGCUGGCGUCACAGUGGCCAUUAUGAAUAUACCACAUGGCAUGGCCUAUGGUAUACUUGCUGGUGUGACACCUGGUUGCGGGUUGGCGUUAGCCAUAUUCCCGGUACUAGUGUACAUGAUAUUGGGUACCUCGAGACACAUAUCGAUUGGAACUUUUGCUGUGAUAUCUAUGAUGACUUUGAAAGUGGUGCAAACAUACGCAACGGAGGACCAUGUGAUAUUGGCACCAGCAAUGGUGCGAAAUGGCACAGCGGCGGAGGCGACGGAAAUUGUAAAGGUAGCGGAGAUAAUAACACCAAUAGAGGUGGCAACAGCGCUGGCGUUUUGUACAGGACUUUUGCAUCUUGGCAUGGGCUUCUUUCGCCUCGGCACAUUGGCUGCGCUGCUUAGUGAUCCGCUGGUUAAUGGCUUCACCACCGGCGCUGCUGUGCAUGUCAUUGUCAGUCAACUGAAGGAUGUGCUCGGCGUCCACAUACAACGCUACAAGGGUGCCUUCAAAAUUGUCUACACCGUCUUCGAUCUUUUCAAAUCCAUACCAAAAACGAAUAUUAUAGCGCUUUCUAUUUGCAUAUGCAUUAUAAUCUUUAUGACGAUCUGCAAUGAGUUCCUCAAACCUUGUCUACGCAAGCGUUGUCGCUUGCCCUUCCCCGGCGAACUAAUUUCAGUCAUUGGUGGCACUUUGGUGUCACGCCUACUCGAUGUGCAUGGCAAUUAUGGUGUGACAUUAGUCGGUGAUAUCCCAAAGGGUUUACCAAUGCCCGAACUGCCGCGCUUGGAUUUAAUACCCAUGGUAGCGGUGGAUUCAAUAGCGAUUGCAAUUGUUAGUUUCUCGGUGGUUAUGUCCAUGGGAUUGACAUUCGCGAAGAAACAUUCAUAUGAGGUGCGUGCCAAUCAGGAGCUCUUCGCUUUGGGCAUGGCCAAUUGUAUAUCAAGUUGUUUCUCCUGCUAUCCAUUGGCAUGUUCGCUCUCGCGUUCUGUGAUACAAGAACAGACAGGUGGUGUGACGCAGCUGGCGUCACUCGUAUCUGCGAUAUUGAUUAUAAUGACAUUGCUGUGGAUGGGUCCAUUCUUUAGCACACUGCCGCGGUGCGUGCUGGCUGGCGUGAUUAUUGUUGCCUUAAAACCGAUGUUUAUGCAAGCAAAAGAGCUGAAAAACUACUCCAAACAGGGUAAAUUGGAGCUUCUUACAUGGAUUGCGACGUUUGUGUCGGUGGUGUUGAUUGACAUUGACUAUGGCCUCCUUAUCGGCGUUGUCAUCUCACUGCUGGCGCUCUACAUCAAAGGACUCAAACCCUACUGUUGCCUGUUGGGUGUAAUACCCGAAGCAGCAGCCGUCUAUGUCGAUCUCAAUCAUCAUCGCAAU